AUGCCUUCGGCUUUCAAGAAGGUUGAUUCCAUAUGGUGUGAGGUGUUAUUUAUCGUUGACGAUGAAGAUGAGCCUGUAGCUAUAUGGAGAAUUUUUAUCAAGACAAAAAGAAUGGACAAAGUUAAUGGUUGUAUAAAUAUGGAUGUUGAUGGUAUCAAAUUCCAGGUUAAUAUCAUAGAGGUGGCUAAUUGGCUACCACCUAUCUCUCAUGUUAAUCAAAAUGAAGGGGAUGAAAGUGAUAUCAUAGAGGUGGCUAAUUGGCUACCACCUAUCUCUCAUGUUAAUCAAAAGGAAGGAGAUGAAAGUGAUGUUACUUCAUAUUCAGAUAAUUCAUCUGAAGUUGAUACAGAGGAUAGAGAGUUUAAAAAACCGAGUAUUUCUCUGAAGUUGACAAAGCUCAUUCUCAACCUGGCUUGA